AUGGAUAAUAAUGGCUUGAAAAUGAAUGCGGAGGAAGUUCACAAGCCUGGGACGAGUAGAAUAUUCAAAAAGUCUACGCCUAAUGGAAAGUUGACAAUAUAUCUUGGCAAAAGAGAUUUUAUCGACCACCUAACCCACGUGGAUCCUAUCGAAGGUGUUGUACUAGUUGAUCCUGAAUAUGUUAAAGAUCGGAAAGUAUUCGUCCAUCUUUUGGGUGCUUUUUGGUACGGUCGCGAUGAAGUUGACUUACUUGGAUUGAAUUAUCACAAAGAUCUUUGUGUAAUGACGAAGCAAGUUUUCCCACCUACUGCUUCCAAGACAAUAAAAUCACACAUACCUGUUCAUUUACCCGGUAAUGGAGAUACACCUGAGUUGUCGUCAAAUAUAGCUUACAAAUUUACUGAACCUCCAGGACGUACUCGAUUACAAGAACGUCUAGUUCGAAAACUCGGUUCUAAUGCUUAUCCAUUCUACUUUCAGCUUCCAGCAUAUUCACCUGCCUCGGUGUCUCUACUUCUAAACCCAUCUGAUCGUGGUAAACGUUGUCGAGUGGAGUAUGAAUUAAAAGUCUAUGUAGCAGACGAUCAGGAUGACAAGCCACAGAAAAGAAAUUCUGUACGUAUGGCUGUCCGCAAACUGACAUAUGCACCCAAUGAACCAGGCCAACAGCCAUCGGCUGAAUUAUCGCGAGACUUUCUUAUGAGUGUUGGUAGUCUUCGAGUGGAAGCGACGUUGGACAAAAAUAAAUAUUUUCAUGGAGAGAAAAUCUUUGUCAACUUACUUGUAGAUAAUAAUUCGAAUAAAACAAUCAAACGUAUCAAGCUGUCAGUUCGACAGUAUACUCAAAUCUAUGUUCAAAGCCCAAUUCAUUUCAAAUGCUCCGUUGAUGAGAUUCAGUCAGAGGAACGCUUUCCUAUUUUGCCCAGUCAAACUGGUUGGUGUAAAGUCUAUCGUCUUUGUCCGUCUUUAACGCACAAUCGGGACAAGAUUGGUAUUGCAAUGGAUGGUGAUUUAAAACAAGAAGAUACCAACUUAGCCUCAUCAACAAUUAAUCCUCCUAAUUCGCACAGUCGAGAACCAGUAGGAAUCGUGGUUGAGUACAAGGUGAAAAUACGCUUAGUUCUUGGUUUUGGUAUUAGUGAUGUCUGCUUAGAACUACCAUUUAUUUUAACACAUCCUAAUCCUGAUUCAUCUGACGCAAAUGGAAAUGAACACGAUGAUGAGCUUAUCUCUUCAAUUACUACUGAACCGUCAUUAAGUGAAAAAUCACCUGACCGAAACAAUAAAAUAGAUUUAAGAAAUAUUAAGUCAUCUUUGGAUGCAUCAAUUAUUAAACGAUCAGCUGUUAUAAAUGAUACUUUACAGCAUAAAAUUACCUCAGAAAUAAUUGAUCCUGUUUUAUUUGAUGAUUCACAACAAAACAACAAUUCAGCUGAUCGUAAUCACUUCAAUGUCAAUCCGUUUAAGGAAUCCCUUCAAUCUCCACAAUUUGCAAAUAAAUCAAUUUGUUCUUAUUCUCCUCCUGUAUGGGAUCGUAAUUUCCACUUGAUAUUCUCUGGUUCACGAGCAUCAGGUCGACGUCCAUCAACUGUUGGUACACAAUCGACCUUGAGUGAAGAUGAUUUAUUAUUUGAAGAUUUUGCUCGAUUUCGUCUACAAUCAUAAUAUUGUGUAUUCAUAUAAUUAUUUGAAGAUAUUGUAACUUUUUUUAAAAUUUAAUUAUUUAUAAAUUCUAAAGCUCUACUUUCAGUUUUAUUUACCUAUUUAUUUAUUUAUUUAUUUUCAUUGUCAUUUUUAUAGUCCUUUUUAUUUCUUAAACUGUUUUAUUUUAUGAAAUCCAUGUCUCUAAUACACCAGUCUGUGUUACCUUAGUCCUAUAAUAUUGAUCUGUUAGAGUUAGCCAGUCAGUCAGGCAGGCAGGCAGUCAAUCGCUUAGUCCUGUCUUCGAUAGAAUUAAGAGACUCUCUCUGUCUAAUAUCAGAGAGGGGGGAAUGAGCAUGCUUGUUAUCACAGACUGUGAUUAGAACUGGUGAUAGUUUUCGAUAUAUAUAUAUAUAUAUAUAUAUAUAUGCAACACUGUAAUAUAUGCACCAUUUUCUUAAUUAUAUCUACCUCUGGAUUAUUUUUAAAUUACCUCAUGUGUUUUUAAUUUCAGCUGGCUUAAUAUUUGAAAUGGUUUCAUUUUGUUAAUUUUUUUCUCCUUUUUUCUCUCUUUGAGAAUACAUUUUCCCGCUAAUUAACUUUCUUGUUUUUGGCUGUAAAACGAACUAUAUAUAUAUAUAUAUAUAUAUAUAUAUAUAUACAUGCGUGCAUAUAUACUAUCAGACUUUUUGUUGUUGUUGUCAGUGUUGUUGAGAAAAACCAUUCACAUUUUCUUUCGUUUUGACUUUGAAAAAUGCUAAUUAUCUUCGCGAUUAUUUAGAACCAGUAAUUGUGAAGCCGUUUUUGUCGAAUGUUGAAUGUGUAAUUAUUACAUAUACUGCGUACUACUACUACUACUAGUACUACAUGUCUACUAAGUACUUUUACACUCCUUUACACACUGAUCAGUAUAAGAAGCAUAAAAAGAAACCUGUGACUAUUGAUGAUGUAAUCAAACAAUACGCUGUAUUACUUACUCUAUUCUGAAUGAUGAUUGUCUUAUUGAUUCCUCCACAAUUUUGUUGUAUAUGGUUGAUCACUUUCAGCUAGGUGCUAAUUGUUGGUUUUCCUUUCUUCUCCUGAUAGUAUUUUCUGUGUGUGUAUAUGUAAAUGUGUUUGACAUUCUGUAUCCUCUUCAUCUUCUUGUAUUGUAUUUUGAACUGUCUGACUGUCUUUAUUUUAAUUGGGAUAUGAUAUAGUCUGUUUUUAGUGGUUAAAUCUAGUUGAUCGUUGUUUGUUUGUCUCUCUGCGUGUGUGUUUGAAUUUAACUUUCUUCUCAGUCUCCAUUAUGUGUGUUAGUUAUAUUAUACACUUCACAGCGUUAAUGGUAGUGUGAAAAACAAUAGGUUAUUAUUUACUUCCCCCCUCCCCCCUUUGUACUCUUCAAAGAAGAUGUAUUAAUUUACAACAGUGAGUAGUGGUAGUGAGUGACGAAGGCGAAACCAGUCACUGAAUACAACGAUAGGCUAUGCAUUUAUAUUCUACAUUAUUGAUUAUUUACUCCAUUGUUCUUAUUCUCUCUCGUUCUCUCUCUCUCCCUUAUCUAACUCCUGAAGUUUCAUCUACCUAAUAAUAUUAGUUUCUAUGUAUAAACUAAGCCGUAUUCGAUGAUAAUCAAGGUGAGGUUUUCAUCUUUCCUUCUUUCUUUCUUUCUUUCUUGUAUAGCAGGCAUUGAUUCUGUUCUGUUGUGUUCUUAUUGUUUAUCUAUCUUUCACAGUUAUUGUUUCCUUUUAUUUUGUAAUCCCCCUGUUUUAUCCUUGCUCUUGUACCACUUCUACUACUACUAAUACCACUCACAUCAAUACCUUCAAUUAACUAAAGUAAACUAAACUGAAUAGGCACACAAUUACUGUUAAUUAAUUAAAUUUGUAGAGACACAGUACUUGUCUUUCUUUCUUUUCUCUCUCCUUUUUCUUUUUCUAUUUUGAUUAUACUGCUGUACAUUGAACCAUUUAAUAUGAAUAGCUACGAUUAUUUGUUUAUUUAUGUAAAACAAAAAUAUAAAAAAAAAUAACAUGCCUG